AUGCUCAAGUUGAAGCCUUUGCUAUCUACGUUUCUGAAGUGUGAAGUUGGAAACGGAACGGUCGCAGCGUUCUGGUGGGAUUCUUGGACAACUCUGGGACCGCUUAUUGACUUUGUGGGCACGACAGGGCCUCGUAUGCUACGCCUGAGAUUGGAUGCGCGUGUGGCUGAUGCGGUGCAGCUUGGGAACUGGCGACUCCCAAAUGCAAGGUCGGAUGCGGUGCAGGCUCUGCAAAUCCAUUUAACCACCAUCUCUCCUCCUCAAGCAGGCAGUGGAGAGGACACUUACCUUUGGCGCCUGCCUUCAGGGAUUUAUUCAAAGAACUUCUCCUCUAAGGGAACUUGGGAGCAACUGAGAGUUCGAUCACUGCCUGUUAGCUGGGCUAAGACGGUCUGGUUCACUGAAGAGAUUCCACGAGCCUCCUUCAUCCUCUGGUUAGUGAUCCUGAGAAGGUUGCCAACUCGAGAUCGGCUUUUGAGCUGGGGAAUGAAUGUCCCCGAAGAGUGCCCGCUUUGUACUUCUCACCAAGAAUCUCAUGACCACCUCUUCUUUGAGUGCCCGCUUUCUCAGGAACUCUGGCUCUUCUUUGCGUCGCGAAUUUCAGGGCAGAGUCAACAGCCGCUGCUUCCAUCCAUUCUGGACACAAUACUGCUUCCCCCGAUUUCUACCUCGGCGCACACCACCACGCUGAUGAGGUUGCUGCUACAAGUCACGGUCUACGCUCUGUGGAGAGAGCGGAAUGCACGGAUCUUUACCACAACGAACACGCCAAUACAUGCCUUGAAGGGUGUAGUGGACCGCACGGUUCGAGAUCGUCUCCUUUCCUUCCCUUCGCUGGAUGGCACUCCUUCUCUUCUAGAAUCAUAUUUUGCUUGUAUCUCAUAUCCGUUAUGA